GAAGCGUGGUUCAAUCGUGAACACAGCAUCCUGUGCGGGCUUGGGCUGCCCCACCUCCAUGCCAGCCUAUGGCACCAGCAAGGCAGCAGUGAUGCACCUCACCAAGAUCUCGGCCUUGGACCUGGCGCCCAGCAACGUGCGCGUGAACUCCGUGAGUCCGGCCUUUAUUGGACCGGAGGAUGGCUUUAUGUGGCGCAGACAGGUGGAACUUCAGGCAAAAGCCAAUCCAACCAACGCUCCGGAGCGGUACUAUUCCAAUGAUCCAGACGAAGUGGCAAAGCAGAUGUUGGUGCGGCCCACACCUUUUGAUCAGACCUCUUUCGCCAUGCGAGAUGAAGUAGUAUGAAGUCGAUGUCCCAUCGGACUUUUCUAGGCUGCACCCUAGCGCCGAGUUGUUUGAUCAGCCAACUGUUCCCUUCCUGUUUCACCCUUUGGCGCCGAUGUCCCAGGAGUCCGUUCCUUUGCGACGCUUGGGCACUCCUGAGGAGGUGGUGCAGAGCGUGAUGUUCCUCUUGAGCGAGGAGUCCUCAUAUAUCACCGGCAUCGAUAUCAACAUCUCUGGUGGGAAUGUGUUGGGCGGAGCUCGUGGCUGAGAAGUGCGCUUCUCGUACUUGCCCAGAUGUACAGGCGAAGCGCACGAUCUUUUGAUGGUGGGAGUCAGUCUCCCACAGUAGCUCGUUGGAUCUUUGCAAGGGAUACUCUUGAAGAUAAUUGCUCAGUGCAAAGUCUUUUGCAAAGACAACCCGGCGAGCAACGCCUGCAAUUUCGCCGGAGAAACUGGAUUGAACAUUGCGUUGAUUCCUCAGGGUCCUGCACCCAGUCCUAUAACGAUGAGAUGUCAUCUUUGCAAAGGGCUGAUUGUAGUCAUCCAUGUGUGAAA